AUGGACAACCGUGAACAUCGUGAAUAUUCGGUACCGAACGGAUUGCGUCCGCUUCUAGAAGCAUUGGCCCGCGAGACAUUGCGUGCGCAGCCAACUGACGUCAUCAGAUUCGGAUAUUUUUUUUUCGAUGAAGUCCAGAAACAUAAACAUAAUAACCCAAACGUCGAUAUCAUUACCGAUCCGGUUGCAUACGAAAUGUUCCGUACUGAUCUUCAUAGACGGUUCGCUGAGGACAAGCAGGAACGCUCGCGUCCGGCUAGUCCACUGGAUCAAGCUGCUACUAAAAUUCAAGCGGUUUUCAAAGGACAUUUGGUAAGAGCUCAUCCGGAGAAGUUUGGAGUUCAAAGAACUUUGUCGUCGGAAAAAAUGGCUUUUGACAACAAAAAGGAUCAAAAAAGACACUCUGUUGGCGGUUACACUUUAGAAUCGGAUUCGCCUGAAGAUCGCGCCGCUGUCAAAAUUCAAUCGGAAAUCCGUGGAUUCUUGGCUCGCAAGCAUGUCGAGAAGAUGAAGAACGAGGAUAAUAAUGCUGCCGUUAAGAUUCAGGCUCAUAUUCGCGGAUUUUUGACUCGUAAACAUCUCGAUCAACAAGGACUCAUGUCACCAUCUCGUAGCCAUUCCUCAAUUCACUCGAACCAGUCCGAAGAAAAUCAUUAA